AUGUCACCUGUCAAGGUGCGCUCGAACCUCAAAUUAGGCAAGCUGACGCAUAUCAUCGGCGUCGAGGGCGCACACAUGCUCGGAAACUCCCUCGAGGUCCUGCGACAAUACCAAGCGAUCGGCGCGCGCUACCCAACGCUGUCGCACAACUGCCACAAUAUCUUUGCCAACUCGUGCUCGCCAUCGGCGCCCGAGAGCCAAAAGGAGCUGCACGGCGGGCUCAGUGCGCGCAGCCGCGAGCUGGUCGACGAGAUGAACCGCCUCGACAUGCUCGUCGACCUGAGUCAUACGAGCCAGCAACAGCACCGCCGCGCAGAACAUGACGCACCCAUGCGCCCCCGUCAUCUUCAGCCAUUCCAGCAGGAUGGAGCUCUUCCAGCAACCCAGGAAUUUCUUCGCACAGCAGUGGUCGCUGGCGACAGCGACCACUGCUGUGCGAGGACGACGGAGAGGAAGAGGGAGGCCUCGCCGCGCCGGGCCUCAGUCGAGCGUAUGCCGAGCUGGCGCAUGCGCAACGGCGUCGUCGCCGCGACGGCGGUGCCCGCAUUCAACGGCCUAAACAGCUCUCUGCGCGACGUCUCCGACCACAUCGAGCAACUCGCCGCCGUCGUCGGUAGACACCGCGUCGCGAUCGGAAUGGGCUUGGGUAGAUUCUUGGAGCGGCCACCCAAAGGGAUUGAAGACGUGCCGAUGUAUUCGAAUGUGGUGACUCAUCAUACCUUGUCCGUGAAAAGCGCCUUGCUCAGCGUGCUGAUUGAGAUACGACUCGCAUCCCCUGGCUUGCGACGAUCGAUUUGCGCGCUGGAGGCAAGCAUGCAACACGCUACAAAAGCGUCUAGGCAAGAGGCGAGCUGA